AUGUUUACUAAAUUAUUUAGAUUUUCAUUUUCUGCCACAACUAAAAAUCCAAAGGUAUUCUUCGAUAUCUCCAUUAAUAAUGCCCCAAGCGGUAGAAUCAUCUUUGAAGUAAAUUGAAUGUUUUAAAUUUAGUUAUUCGCAGAUGCCACUCCCAAAACAGCAGAAAAUUUUAGAAAAUUGUGUAUUGGUGAUACUGUAUCUAAGAUAUCUGGAAAAACUCUUCAUUAUAAGGGUUCAUCAUUCCAUAGAAUUAUUCCAUCAUUUAUGGUCUAAGGAGGAGAUUUUACAAAUCAUAAUGGCACAGGUGGAGAAUCAAUUUAUGGAAGGACAUUCCCAGAUGAAAAUUUCACAUUAAAACAUACUACACCAGGACUGUUAUCGAUGGCUAAUGCUGGUCCAAAUACAAACGGAUCUUAAUUUUUCAUCACCACAGUCCCAUGUCCAUGGUUGAAUGGAAAACAUACAGUUUUUGGAAAAGUUGCCUCCGGAUUAGAAGUGUUAAAUGCAAUUGAAUAUUGUGGAACUUAAUAAGGAAGACCAUCAAAAAAGGUUGUAAUAUAUGAUUGUGGUGAAUUGCAAUGAGUGAUCUGAUUACAUAAAAC